AUGGUGUCUCGCGUCCGCUAUGAAUUGCGCUCAUGCUACGUGUCGCUGGCCAUAGCCAAAAAGUACACAAGUGACCACGAAGCCGUUAUCUUUGAUGACGAGACGAAUGUCGGGACGGUGACAAUCACAGACUACGCACAGACGAGCUUGGGAGACGUCGUCUUCGUUGAGCUGCCUCAGGAGGGCUCUGAGGUCGAGCAAGGCGCCAUGAUUGGUGCCGUGGAGAGCGUCAAGGCUGCGUCAGAUAUCUUCUCUCCUAUAUCUGGAAAGGUUGUGUCUAUCAACGAGGAGCUCGCUGGUCAACCUUCCCUAUUGAACAAAUCACCGGAAGACAAGGGUUGGCUUUGCAAAAUUGAACUGUCCAACCCCUCUGAGUUGGACGAGCUGAUGACAGCAGAACAGUACAAGGCGCACUGCGAGUCAUAA